AUGAGCCACCAAUACCAUUACGUCAGAUCCGACUCGGACCAUCUGCAGCACCACGACGCUCGUUCACCACCAGCGCCCCUGUCGCCGCUGGGUCAGACGCCAGUCAUCUUUCACACCACCUCGACCGUUGUCGCACCGUCAGCCGCGACCAUCCCGGCCCCCCAUCCCUCGCAUUCGGGGCAUCCAAGCAGCAGCAUCGCUGUCGCCCACGACUUUCCCCCUCUUCCCCUGUCGCACGACGACAAGGGAGGCGACUCGAGGCGGUAUGCAGCACCAGCCGUCCGCGCACCGUCGCGGAACCUGUUUCAGCACCCCGCAGUCGCGGUGGAUGCUGCUGCGCUGCCGACGACAGCAAAUCCCGGCUUCCCUUCUUCCUCCAAGGACGAGCUCGACAACCAUGCACAUCUCAUCUCGUCCAAACCCCACUCGCCGAAUAUUGUCGACUCCAAGCCCAAGACGAGCGCGCUUGACACGAUCAAGACCUUUUUCCGAGCCUUCAACACCCCGAACCAGGUCAGUUGGCGGCCUCGGCGCCCAGAGUUCCCAUGACGGACCGGACCCGAACUCCGAACAAUACAUCGCCGCGGCUGACAAGAUUUGGGCACGGUAAAUCUUUCUCAGCUCGCGCUAUUGGCAUUGAUCGGCAUCCAAGCCAUCUGUGCUCUCUCGAUGAUCGCACUCAUCUAUGCGACCGUCAACGACGCCAUCGGCGAUCUCUCGUUCCAGGACACCUUCCUUGUCGCGCCCAAGCUCGAGUUCGUCGCGACAUAUCUCGGCGUCUUCAUCUUGGCAGUGUGAGUCGUGGGUGUCGACUCUGUGUCUCACUGUCAUGGAAUUCCCCGUAAUCUAACCGUGUGGCUGGACGAAUUCGCAGCAUCUUCGAAAUCUUGGUCGCGCUCGACGCGCUGCAGCAGAAAAACAUCAUCUCCAUCUACCUCAUCACGUUUUUCCAAAUCGCCAUGCUCGUCUACUCCGCCGUGCUUCCGAACCAGCUCGACGUCGCAUUGCGAGGCUCGUCGGCCGACACCCACUUUGUGCACAACCACGUCAAGGGCUACGCCAUCGCAAUCCCUUGCGUCGUCGCCCUAGUCACCGCCGGCCUCGGAUUCUUGUCGUGGCGGCUGAACGACGAGUUCAACUGGGAGCUGUUCCGCCGCGUCGUCGGACCCGAAGUGCACCUCCGACGCAUGUACCUCGUCUACCAAAUUUUUGUCGGCGUGCUCAAGUUCGAUGCAUUCUUUUUCAUCGGUUUCUCGAUUCAAUUCCUCGUCCUGGUCACGGGCGUGCCCGUCGGCGAAUUGGCCGUCACGAUCGCCGCACUGCCCAUCAUCUGCGUCUUCCUCUUCCUGUCGUCGCUAUUCGUCAAGCACGAGUUUCGGCCCGGAGUUUAUUUGACCUUGGUCAUCGACCUGGCCGGUAUGGCCUACUUCGUAUACAAACUUUACCGCGUCUACGUGCCGAGUGAAUACGCCCGUUACGCCGGCGCCAGAAAGACUUUGACCAUCUUUUCGGUCCUCUCGCUCGUCUUUCUCGUCGUAACGUUUUGUCUCAACGCCUUGUGCUUGAGCAACUUCGACAGAGGGCUAAAGGAACGAAGUAAGCCCCGCGCGUCACUGAGUUCCUGAUCCGAGUGGACCUAGGCGCUGAUCCAUGCCUUAUCUUUGAACCUGUUUCAGUUCCUCGUUUCGCCUGGGCCGGACGAACCCAUGCCUUGUCGAGCCAUCGACGAAGACCGCACCAGUCGAAGCGCAUGUCCAUUGGCCCCGAUGGAUCCAAGAUCGUCGACGUCGUCGACCAGGCGCCACAGCAGCCGAAUUUGGCGUUGGAGAGGUCGCGCACGAGGAUGAGUUUGGAUUGA